AUGGGCUCCGUGCUGCCCGGCUCCUCGCUGGGCCUGAAGCCGGCCUUCAAGCCGCAGCAGCCGCUGUCUCUGGCGGACAUCAUCACGUCGGACAUCCUGCACAGCUUCCUGUACGGCCGCUGGAGGCACGUGCUGGGCGAGCAGCACCACCACCAGCAGCACGCGCACCAGCAUCACCUGCAGCACGAGGACCGCACCGGCCCGAGCGCGAGCCCCAAGACCGCGUUCACCGCCGAGGUGCUCGCGCAGUCCUUCUCCGGAGAGGUUCAGAAGUUGUCCAGUCUGGUUUUACCCAGCGAGGUGAUCAUCGCUCAGAGUUCAGUUCCAGUCUGCCGCUUCUGCAACCGCCGCUUCAGCCAGUCGUCCACGCUGAGGAACCACGUCCGGCUGCACACCGGCGAGCGGCCCUACAAGUGCCACGUCUGCCAGUCGGCGUACUCGCAGCUGGCCGGCCUGCGGGCGCACCAGAAGAGCGCCAGGCACCGGCCCACCGGAGACGCUGGGGCCGCGGCGGGAAGCGUGGUGGUUCACGGAGCUCACUCACCUCCUCCUCACCCACCACAGCUGACCGCCAUGCCUCACCCGGCAUCUCUGGUUCACCACAUACCCACCAUGGUGCUGUGA